CAGUUGUACAAAAGCAAAAAACGUCGACGGAAAUCUCAAAAGUGCGAGUUUGCCAAUCGCCACAUGAGUCUCUUCUGGUAGCUGGGUCGGAGGGCCACGACGGGGAUGGGCUCGAGUGGCGCUCUCUCGUCGCUCGACGAGUCGCUGUCACCGUCAUACCCUGCGUCUACUCCGGUCACCAGGGUACAGCUCUGACUGCGCUGUCUCUCCAUCUGCCAGUGGUAGCCACAGCACAGCUUCAGCCUGCUCGACAGAGACUCCUCGAGUUUCUGGUUACCCGACUUUCGUCCAGUCAGCGUCCGGGAGAAAGCAUCAGGGUCAUUUGGUCUAUCUGUCUUUGGAGGGAAGCAGUAGUGCAGGGUAUGGAGGUGAUUCACUCCGAGUGACUUUAUAUCCUUCUCCUCCUCGGUGGAGAGAGGGAAGACCUCGUGCACCACGUGUGGUGGGACCCGAAACGCAAUCUCCAGCGACCUCCCAGCUCCGAACCGUCCCCCGGGGUCGAGGUCCGCCUCACAGAAGUGUAACGUGUGCGGCAGCAGCUGGAGAACGUCGCAGACCUUUCCCAUGAAGUUUGAGAGCUCCUGAAUACUCGCGCCGGUUUUCGGGGCCAAUCUGUCGUCGACCCGCAUCACCACCAAACUUUCGGUUCUCAGGCGCAGGUAACCGUACGCGUACGACGGGACCUGAAAGACGGAGCGUUUCGAGAACACGCGACUGUAGAACAGAAACGUUUCGAGCUCUUCUCGAUCCUCGUCCGUGCCCAGCUCGCUAACCAGGUGCUCCAGAACGCCAGAGUUGAAGAAAGAGAUGUAGUCGGAGACCGUGAGGAUCAAGUCGUCGAUCGAUGUCAGGCUCUUUAUCUCUUUAGAUCGAUGCUCCAGUAAAGGUGCCGGGAUCCCUCGGGUGGGGUUAUAGGCCUGUAUAUCGAGGAGACAUUUUGCGAAGGAGGCAGAAGACACGGAGCGAGAUUUGAGCGAGGCGAUGAGACGAUUCAUGAAACUCCCCACCCUCGCUACCAUUUCGUCGCUCUCGGCUUUCAACCGGAGCAUCACUACGUGUGAAACGGCGGGGGAAUUAUAGGGGAGGAGCUGUGGAUUCCUCCUGGUUUCAGAUACGGCGAUACGCACCACGAACGGAGUGAUUCGACCGCAGGCGCAGUCAAACGCACAGCGAGGCAUCCUGUAUGGGGGAGGAGAGCCGGGUGGAGUGGGCGGAGGCUUGGGAUAGUUCGUGUCGGGGAAGAUGGGCGGAGGAGGCUUCUUCGGUGCUAAUCGCUUGGUAGGUGCACCUCGUUUUCCUACCAUGACGACAAGAGACCUGUCUGGUUGGGGCUUCUUUGGACAAUUGUAGGUUUCUCUGAUCUUCUUGCCCAGUGCUCGCUGCCCGGCGUGGUCGAAGGCAUCCGCCAGUUUGGCCCAGGUUGGGUUAGGAUCUUUCUCCAGCCAGAGGUCCACGAUUUCUUCCCUGGCCUUCUCCGCAUCCCGUGGGUACUUGUCCUCCAGUGCCAUCAGUUUGCUGAAUCGAACACCAACCUUCUCCCCAACACUAAACCAGUCAUUGAGAUCUUUCAUCCACUUCAGGAUCUCCGGUGCUGUUGGCUUGUCGGUGUUGCCACCGCUAGCCUCGAUCUCUUCCGCAGCAGCACGCCCUGUGGGGGGCCGUCCGCCAGUGUCUAUAUAGACCUUUGACCCGGUCUGUUCCUAAUUAAUGCGCACCAUAAGAAACCGACUCUGCACGGCCGGCAUGGCCUCGGGCAUGGCUGUGGCUGAGAAAGGACGCUCAGACUUGGGGAAGGAAGUAGAGGAAAAAUUGCACGAAUUCAUUACAUACCUCAAACAAAAGAACCCCCACAGCUCGUAUGACGUGGCUAAGAGGACUGUCCUGUUGUUGAGAGAGGUUUGCUCCAAGACCAGAUGGUACAGUGCAAGGGACCUGAUUACUAACAUUCGUGCAGCGGGGAAGAAGCUGAUAGCUGCCCAACCAAGUGAGAGUGCCGUGGGCAACAUGGUUAGGAGAGUGCUCAAGAUAGUGAGGGAGGAACAUGCAAGUUGUGUUGCAGGAUCAGUGGAUGAGGUGGAUGUGAGAGCACUGCUCCAAGGCAGAGACGACAGUGACGAUCUCAGCAGACAGACACCUCACCUGAAGGGCUCUGUUAUCGAGAUCAUCAAUGACCUCCUCGGUGAAUUGGAACUGAGUGCCUCCAACAUUUCGUCCCAGGCCCCAGACCAUAUCCACUCCAGUGAAGUCCUCAUGACCACCGGCUACUCUAAGACCGUGGAAGCCUUUCUGAAGGCUGCGGCAAGGAAACGAAAGAUAGAGGUGAUAGUAGCCGAGUCGGCUCCGUUCUAUCGUGGACAGGAGCUGGCCAAGAACCUUGCCGUGGCUGGAGUCGAGACCAUUGUGGUCACUGACUCUGCCGUCUUUGCCAUCAUGUCUCGCGUCAACAAGGUUAUCAUAGGUACACACACAGUAAUGGCCGACGGCAGUCUAAAGGCAAUCAACGGUAGCUAUGCCCUCUGUCUGGCUGCCAAGAGACACUCAGUCCCUGUGUUGGUGUGUGCUGCUCUCUUCAAACUCUCUCCACAGUAUCCCUGUUCAUACGAUCACGACACAUUCAACAAGAUAGUGUCCCCCCACGACAUCCUGAGGUUCAGCGAGGGGCAGCUGGUGUCCAAGGUCCACGUUCAGAAUCCAGUGUUUGACCACGUCCCACCCGAUCUCAUCACUCUCUUUGUCUCUAACAUUGGAGGGAAUGCUCCGUCAUACGUGUACAGACUCAUCAGUGAACUCUACCAUCCAGACGAUCAGGAACUUUAAUAGCAUUUCACACCUCUAACAUCCUUUCACGGUGGCCAUGCUUUUGUUGAACCUUCUUCAAAAUGUUUGAAUUAAUCACAAGCCAACAAACAAGGCAACAGACGACACCGGUACGCAACCGAGCCUAGG